GUAGGCAGCGAAGCGCGAAAGUUGUACGAUUAUACCGUCAUGUUAUCCAGGUGGCUUUGUGCAUUUUUCUUAAUCCUGGCGAUUCAAAAUAUUAUUGCUGAUACUGGACAUGUUGAUGUAAUCAAAUAUAAUAUGGUAUACUAUAACUUGUCUACACGUUUGGGAUUAAGAGCUGAACUGGAAGACACCGGUCGACGUCCUUCAGCCAACGCUAGGAUUUCUUUUCGUGGGUUGGAAUGCAACUGCGUGAACCUCACGUGCGGCUGUUGCGCCGGCAUCAACAUGACUGCCAUCAACUUCGAUCGUCAUGCCUGCACCAAUUUCACCUAUAAUCCCGAGGAGUUUGCCAUCAAACUCGCAAUCAUAAUGAACGAGAGAGUGGUUUAUACCAAUUCUUUGUCCGCCAAAAAUCCACCACCUCUCUGCGUGCCCUUUGCUUAUUUUCCCAUCGUGGACUUCUGCGUGCGCUUCUUCGACAUUUACACGCCCGGGAGCAAUCUCCACGCUUGCAUCGACUUCGAGACACGCGUGGUGAACUGGCCGAUUCUAAUCCUGCAUUUCAAUUGCAUUAAAAUCGGAGCGGACGGUCUUUCCUGGACAAAACCAGAAGACGGCAGUAAUGUUUUUCAAGCUUUGACGGAAGUGAGCGGGCCCGAAAUAUACGACGAUGUGGACUUUGAGAACGACCCUGUGUUUCCGAACAAUCAGACUUCUUCUGGCUUGACACCCGAAGAGGAAGACAACAUCGGUCAAUUAAAGCUGUGAUUUUUACGUAUAAUAUCGCAUGACUGUACGGUCGUUGUAACGUUAUUAUUAUAAUAGUCUUGUACUUGAUUUGUCGUUAUUUAUUAUAUUUAAAUAGAACGUAUACAUAUAAUUAUUGGAAUAAAGUUGGAAUGUGUAGCACCAGUAGUGUAUUUGUGAGAGUAGCCUUUAGACUUUCCCAAAUAUUUUGUA